UCUCUCUCCUGGUCUCAUGUAUAUACUAGUCGUACCAAACACACUUCAACGAAAAGAGCAAAGAAUUAUUUAAAAAAAAAAAAAAAAAAAAAUCGUCUUGGUCGCUUGUUUCUCUGCACUUUCUGGUUAGCCAUGGGGUUUCCUUACAUGGAAGCUGUUGUUGGAUUUAUGAUAUUGACAUACAUCUUUGAAACGUAUUUGGAUUUGCGGCAACAUGUGGCCUUAAGAUUGCCAACUCUCCCCAAACCUUUGGUUGGGGUAAUCAGUCAAGAGAAAUUUGAAAAAUCUCGGGCCUAUAGUCUUGAUAAAAGCCACUUCCAUUUUGUUCAUGAGUUUGUGACCAUACUGAUGGACUCUGCACUUCUGUUUUUUCGGGUAUUGCCUUGGUUUUGGAAGAAAUCAGGAGACUUUGUCGUGUUAGCUGGCCUUAAUGCAGAAAAUGAAAUACUGCACACUCUUGCAUUUUUAGCUGGUGUUAUGAUUUGGUCACAGAUCACUGAUUUGCCAUUUUCUCUCUACUCCACUUUUGUGAUUGAGGCUCGUCAUGGUUUCAACAAACAAACAAUAUGGCUAUUCUUUAGAGACAUGUUUAAAGGAAUUGGUCUUGCUGUAAUACUUAGUCCACCUAUUGUGUCUGCAAUCAUCUUUAUUGUACAGAAAGGAGGUCCAUACCUGGCCAUCUAUCUUUGGGCAUUUAUGUUCGUUCUUUCACUUGUGAUGAUGACAGUGUACCCUAUUCUAAUAGCUCCACUUUUUAACAAGUUCACCCCUCUUCCGGAGGGUGAGCUCAGGGUUAAAAUUGAAAAACUUGCUGCAUCCCUCAAGUUUCCAUUGAAAAAGUUGUUUGUGGUUGAUGGAUCCACAAGAUCAAGUCAUAGCAAUGCUUAUAUGUAUGGAUUCUUCAAGAACAAGAGAAUAGUCCUGUAUGAUACUUUAAUUCAGCAGUGCAAAAAUGAUGAGGAAAUUGUAGCUGUUCUAGCUCAUGAACUGGGUCAUUGGAAACUCAACCAUACAAUGUAUACAUUUAUAGCUAUGCAGAUUCUUACAUUUCUGCAAUUUGGUGGAUAUACUCUUGUGAGGAACUCGAAUGAUCUAUUUCAAAGUUUUGGGUUUGAUACACAGCCUGUACUGAUUGGACUCAUAAUCUUUCAGCACACUGUAAUGCCUCUUCACCACCUAGUUAGUUUUGGUCUCAACCUUCUGAGCAGAUCUUAUGAAUUUCAGGCUGAUGGUUUUGCGAAGAAGCUUGGUUAUGCUGCUCCACUCCGUGAUGGCCUCGUGAAACUACAGGAAGAAAAUUUGUCAGCUAUGAAUACCGAUCCUUGGUACUCAGCUUACCACUACUCUCACCCACCCCUUGUUGAAAGAUUGGCUGCACUAGAUGAACCAGAUAAAAAGGCAGACUGAAUGGAUAUUCUUACAGAUGACCACUGGCAGGACGAAGUUCAUCAUCUCUUGAUUGACCGAGAAUGAGACUCCUGAAGAUCGACAGCUGCAUUGUACUUAAAAUCUUUUUGAACUUAUUGUGGGUACAGUGAAUUUACACAUUAUAGGAGGAUGGAUGAACAGAGAAUCACGAAAACAAGAAAAAAGAGGGUAAGAUCAAAGAACAGUUUAGUUGUAUUAGUCACGUUUGCACGAGGCAUUGGAUUUGCUUAACCCUUUAUUUUAGCUGCUUCCUACCGUGUUGUAUUGUAACUUCGCUUUAGGAUAUUUUUUUUCCUGUAAGUUCUUUUUAGUCCUUUUUGCUAUGUGCAUUUAAAAUUUUGCUGUAUGCAUGGGGAAAUUCUCAUCUUAUUCUGUAUGCAUGGUGGAAUUCUCGUCUCAAA